AUUUCUAAUACUCCCUUCUGCCAAACAUCCCUUUAUUAUAAAAAAACUACUGCAGUAAAUUUUUUGGCUUUUUCAGUUUCACUUUGUUUCUGCUUAAUUAAAUUUCUAAAUCCGAAGCAAAUCUCACACAAUACAUUGAGAAACAAAAUGAAAAUGGAAGCUUCAAUUUCUGCAGUGGAGAAAAUAAUCGGUUACACUUUUCAUAACAAGAACCUUCUAGAACAAGCCCUCACCCAUACUUCUUACCCUGAAGCUAUUUCUUACGAGCGUCUUGAAUUCGUCGGCGACGCCGUUUUAGGCCUCGCUUUCAGCAACCAUCUCUUCCUCGCUUAUACCUCCGUUGAUCCCGGUCAACUCUCCCUCCUCCGUGCCGCUAAUGUUAGCACCGAGAAACUCGCACGCGCCGCCGUUCGUAAUGGUCUACACCAUUAUGUACGUCACAACACGCUUUCUAUUGUUGAUAUGAUUAACGAGUUUGCUGAAGCGGUUGAUUCUGAGGAUGAUUGUGUUGUUGUUAAGUAUGGUGGAUCGGUGAAAGCUCCAAAGAUUCUCGCUGAUAUUAUCGAGUCUAUCGCCGCUGCUGUUUAUGUUGACGUUGAUUUCGACCUAAAAAGAUUAUGGGUGAUAAUAAGAGGUCUUUUGGAGCCGAUAGUUACACUGCAAGAUUUGGACCAAAAACCGCAACCGGUGACAAUGCUGUACGAGAUCUGCCAAAAGAAUGGUAAAAAAGUUGAAAUCGAACAACACAGAAAUGGGGCCAAAAGCACUGCUAGUGUCUAUGUUGACGGAGAGUUGGUUGCAUCCGCUUCCUCGGACCAGAAGGACAUUGCAAGGCUUGAGGCUGCCAAGGCUGCCUUGGAUAAACUAGAAAGCUUAUUUCCUGCAACUUCCAUGAUGCCGGACUGUUGUGGCGAUAUUGAUAGCACCUUUGUAAUUGAAGCCGCCAAGCAGAAAUUAUACGCAGUUUGUGGGAAGAAAAAGUGGCCCAAACCAGUAUACAGCAUUGAGAAAGACGAAGGUACUCCGCAGGAUAAGAUAUUUGUUUGUGCUGUUCAGAUAACUACUCCGGCGGCUAUACUCAAAAUGUCUGGAGACGAAAAAUCUCGAGUGAAGGAUGCAGAAAACUCUGCAGCUUCCUUGAUGAUUCGGGCCUUACAACAACACAAGUAUGUGUGACAAGUGUUGUAGUCUAUGUGUUAGUUUAUGAUUUGUGUGAGAAAUGGAUAUUGAGUGUAAUACUAGUUUUAAGUCUAUGUUAGUUUAUGAUUUUUGAGAAAUUGGUUACUUAGUUAGUUUAUGAUUUCUGAGAAAUUGGUUACUUAGUGUGGUACUAAUUUUAAGCAUGUUAGUUUAUGAUUUGUGAGAAAUGGAUAAUGAGUGUAAUUGUAAUUGUUGUUUAUGUUUAGUUAUGCAAUAAAAAAAUUUAA